AUCCCCCCCCUCUUUCACGGGCUGUGGGACGGCCCCUCCGCGCCCGGACACCCCUCUGCCUGCGCAGGAAUGGUUUCGCCGGGAGCACGCGGCCGUGUGUGGAGAGGAGGGCGCUGAGAGGGGCAGGAUGCCGCGCUGAGGUGGAGGAUGGCGCUGUGGGCUCGGCCGGCCUCCCGCUGCUGCUGCUGGCUGAAAAGAGCCUGCUUAACGGAACUGCAGAGGCUGAGGAGCUCCAGCAACGCGGUGCAGGCAUGGCAAGGGGCUGCCCCUCUGGCUUUGCUGGCCUCUAGACACAGCUUUCUUCCAUGGGGAUUGCAGACGUACAGACAUGUAUCCGUAGAGAGCUGUUCGCAGCCUGCUAGUGGCGGGGAUGGAUCCUCAUCUUCUCCUGAAAGUAAUUUGUUACCAGUAAAGCAGGAACAAGUGAAAACAGAAACAAUCCCCGACCUGAACACAGAAAUACUGUGUGAAGACUGGGAUGAUGUUCCGCCUUCAUCGGCUUUGGAAGAGAUUUCUGAGGAAGAAGCUGUGCAGAUCCUUGCGGAUCCACUUCUUCCCCUUCAGUCUUCCACACUGCGGGAUUAUGUUGAUCACUCAGAAACCCUAACGAAGCUUGUCCAGCUAGGAGUUGACUUAUCCCAAGUGGAGAAACGUCAAAAGGCAGGUCAGCUCUUACUGACCUUGGAUUUUGAGAAAGAUAUAAAAAAAAUACUCCUGUUUCUUAAGGAUGUGGGUGUAGAAGACAAUCAGCUGGGACUGUUCCUGACCAAAAAUCCAUACAUCCUUGGUGAAGACCUGGAAGCUCUCGAAACCAGAGUGGCUUACCUAAAAUCAAAAAAAUUUGGUAAUGCAGAAAUUGCUCAGAUGGUCUCAAAAGCUCCAUAUUUGCUGUUGUUUUCAGUGGAAAGAUUGGAUAACAGACUGGGUUUCUUCAAAAAUGAACUUGGCCUCAGUGUAAAAAAGACAAAGGAUCUGGUAAUUCGUCUGCCAAGGCUACUGACUGGCAAAUUAGAGCCUGUAAAGGAGAAUCUUCAGGUUUGUCAAAUUGAGUUUGGUUUUCAACAUAACGAAAUUCAACAGAUAGUGUAUAAAACCCCCAAGAUUUUAACUGCAAGUAGAAAGAGACUCCGACAGACGUUUGACUACCUGCACAACAUAAUGGGCAUUCCCCACCACAUGCUUACUCGCUUUCCUCAGGUUUUCAACUCAAAGCUAUUACGAAUUAAAGAGAGACACAUGUUUCUUAUAUUUUUGGGAAGAGCCCAGUAUGACCCAGCAAAACCCAGCUACAUCUCUCUGGACCAGCUAGUAUCCUUGCCGGAUGAGGUGUUUUGUACAGAGAUUGCCAAAGCCUCUAUACAGGACUUUGAAAAAUUCUUAAAAACUAUUUAAUUAUUAACACAUGUAGAAAGGAAUAGAAUAAAGUUGUAAAAUAAACAUUUUUUUUAAAAUGCUC